CGAACAACGAUAUUCUCGCCUGAAGGUACGUGCUGGAGAUCCGUCGAGUACGCCAUGGAAGCCAUCUCGCACGCAGGAACAGUCCUCGGCGUUCUAGCAAAGGACGGCGUAGUCCUUGCGGCCGAGAAAAAGGUUACAGGGAAGCUCUUGGAUAUGUCGGGCGCGAAGGAAGGAGGGUAUGGGGGCAGCGGGGAGAAGAUCUUUCUCUUAAACUCAAAUGUCAUAGCUGGUGUUGCCGGUAUCACCGCCGACGCGAACUCACUCGUCAACUACGCCCGUACCGCCGCGCAACGUCACCUCUUUACAUACAACGAGGACAUCCCCGUUGAAAUGCUCGCCCAGCGACUCUGCGACAUGAAGCAGGGGUACACGCAGUUCGGUGGUCUCCGACCGUUCGGGGUGUCGUUGCUCUAUGCAGGGUACGACCCGCACUACGAGUUCCAGCUCUACCACUCCGAUCCUUCAGGCAACUACUCUGGCUGGAAAGCAACGUGCAUUGGGGCGAACAAUGGCACAGCUCAGAGUUUACUGAAGCAGGAGUACAAGGAUGAGAUUACGGUGGAGGAGGCGAUCGGGCUGGUGCUUCGAGUGAUGAGCAAGACGAUGGACAGUACGACAUUGGGUAGCGAAAAGCUUGAGUUCGCCGUCUUGACUUUGGACCGGAACACCAAGCAACCGAAGGCCAAGAUUUACAAGCCCGCCGAGAUCGAUGCUUUACUACAACGUCAUGAUCUAGCAAAGAAA